UCUUUGGCUGUUUCUGAUUUAUGAUUGUUUCAGUUUCUCCCUUCUCCGCGUGCCACAGGGCGUCAGAUACCUUGGCCACGCCCAGGUCACGUGCCACUGCGCGGUAAUCCAAUCAUGAGCGAGGACGGGAAACAGCUGACGGUGAACAACAACAGAGAACAGACAGCGCCGUCUUUUCCUGCAGGUGGUGUGUAGUAGACUCCUGCACGUAGCUCACAAACUUCAGGGACACCUCCUCUAUAAGAGCUGGUGUCUGUCUCCGGCUGUGAUGCAUGUUUAACACUUUAUUCUUCCACCCUACACCACCUGUAAAAAGAGGGAAGUGGCACGAGCCUUCCAGUGAAGACUCGAGGAGCUCCGGAGCUCGAGCUCCGUCCAUCCCAAACCAGCCGCACAAUGGCCCCGUCCCUCAUCCGAGCUUGCCGCAGUCUGGCUCUCUCAACGUGGCUGCUGUCGUUCUGUUUCGUCCACUUGCUGUGUCUGGACUUUACUGUUGCAGAGAAAGAAGAAUGGUACACGGCUUUUGUCAACAUCACCUACCUGGACCCCGUCACUUCGGAGGUCAAGACGGAGAAAACCGAGUGCGGGCGCUAUGGUGAGCACUCCCCUAAGAAAGAAGCAAGAGGUCUGGUCCUGGUGCCGUCCGUGCUGCAGGACAAGCAGGCGUGCGACCCCAACGUCAGGUUCCCGCCUGUCCCUCCCAACAACGCCUGGAUAGCUUUGGUGGCUGCGGGGAACUGUACUUACCGGGAGAAAAUCCGUAACGUUGCAAACCUCAACGCCUCUGCAGUAGUCAUAUACAAUGUGGGCUCCAGUAGUACCAACGACACCAUCACAAUGCCCCAUCCAGGUACAGGGGAUGUUGUGGCCGUCAUGAUCCCAGAGCCUAAAGGUCGUGAGAUUGUGGCCUUGCUGGAGCGUCACAUUUUGGUCACAUUACACAUCACCAUAGGAACCCGCAACCUGCAGAAGUAUGUGAGCAGAACGUCGGUUGUGUUUGUCUCCAUCUCCUUCAUCGUCCUCAUGAUCAUCUCCCUCGCCUGGCUCGUCUUCUACUACAUUCAGAGAUUCCGCUACGCUAACGCACGAGACCGUAACCAGAGACGUUUGGGAGAUGCUGCCAAAAAGGCCAUCAGUAAGCUGCAAGUGCGUACCAUAAAAAAAGGAGACAAGGAGACUGAGUCAGAAUUUGACAACUGUGCAGUUUGCAUCGAAGGUUAUAAACCAAAUGAUGUUGUCAGGAUAUUACCUUGCAGGCACUUAUUUCACAAGCACUGUGUGGACCCCUGGCUACAAGACCACCGUACAUGUCCCAUGUGUAAAAUGAAUAUCCUCAAAGCUUUGGGAAUCCCACUCAACCCAGACUGUACAGACGAGGUUCCUCCAGACUACGAUACAUCUGUGGGGGGUCCACCCACCAACGCCAUCAGUGGAGCGAGUGAAAUUACCGUUAAUGAGAGCUCGGUGGUUCUGGAUCCAUCUGGGAGAGCGAUAGGCCUUCAGCAGCUCCAUCCAGAGAUGGCACCUCAGGCAGGGGAGGAAACCUACGUAAUUGCCAGCAGUGAGCACCAGCCUCCGCUCAGCAGUGAUUCAGACACCUCUAUCAUCAUGGGCGUGGAGAUAGGCAUGUCUGAGGUAGACCUGUCUUUGGAUCAGGAAUGUCAAGGAGCUAAAUCCUGAAAAGAAAGUAAGAAUCACCCGGAAAAAGAAGUUAAGAGCUGGAGCUUCCCCCCUCCCCCUCCUGCAGGAAGUGACGUCCCCUGAAGAAGGGCAGACAGGCAAUAGAACACAGCAGCACAAAAAAAAACCCAACCAGUUCUGUCCUGACUGCAGCCGUGGACAUGUGGCUUGCUAGUUUUUCUUGCAGCCCCACCUUAGCGUUUUUGUUGGUUUGGUGGUGACCUCACACAGCCAAUCACAGCACUCACAUUGUGGCUGCCCAGUUUGUCCACCUUACACAACGACUGCUGAGAUGUAGUAGCCCUUCACGGCUCUGAGAAGGCAGAAUUAGUCUCUCCACACUCUGGCAACGUAAACCUGCUGCUGGACACAAUGUAAGCACAAGAAAAGCCCGGCCUCCUUAAUGCCAGAAUACAGCUUUAAUUUUUUGAAGAAGAAAAAAAACCAUCUGUGCAGAUUGUUUGAUUUCUUGGUAUGAGAUCACUGCCAAAAUAUUCCAGAAGUAAGUUUAACUAAAGUGAUGGAUACAAAGCACGUGUAAAGCCUAUAUCAGCGCUUUCUCUAACAGUUGGUGUGUAUUCCCACCAGCACUUUGAACUUCAGACUUACAUGUGAUUUAAGCUCGAAACUUGAAGGGUUGGUCUUUACGUUCAUGUGACUAUGUAACCAUAAGGAGUUGAAAUAUGUAUGCACACGUUAUGCUGUAAUUUCUAAGUGUAGCUGUUCUCUUACUGUUCUGUGGGACCCUUAUAUACAACGUUUUAGAUAUUCCUGUUGUUGGGAGGAAUUAAACAACCACACACAUAGAUAUUUCUGUCCACACAUUUGACAAUCAGAGCUUGUCACAAGCAGUUUAAAGUGAUGUCACCCACUGCCCUGAUGAAACUGCUGCUGAUAUACAAGUUGUCACAACACAAGAUGUGGGUGAUUAUUCCCUUCCAUCUGUCUGGAGGUAGAUGUUUAUAUCAAUGUUACCACUGCUGCUAAAUACAGCCGGCAGUAGCAGUUGUCUAAACCAGAUCCUGGUGAAGUGAAGACUCUGUAGACUUAACGUCCUACACUUGUCAAACCAGCCAAUAUAGAUAUGUCAACAAGUCUUUGUGCCAAGAAUAUCAGGAGUAUUUUAAACCUGGUUGUUGAUUUCCAUGCACACUGAUUUUCUUGUCUGCCAAACAGACUGUAACAGUGCUGAGUGUGUUCAUGAUAUGAAACUGAAGAAAAUGACCUGGGGAUAGUUGGUUUAAAAAUUGACUGUUUCCAAUGGAGAUGGAGUAAAAUGUCAAUUCACUGACAAUACUGCUGCACCGAGCAUGAGAUUUAUUUAUGGCAUGAAGAGCUUACGGCAUGACGUUUACAGGUCUGAGGUAUUUGAGAAGUUUUGUUUGGAUACAUCCCACACUAAGCCGGCUAGAUUUGUUAAAGGACAUGCAUGCAUUGUUGUGUUUUUUUGGGUUUGUGCUUUCCACAACGGUCUCCAUACAGACACACAAACCAAACAAUAGGAAACGGUUAGAUUUGUAUUCUCGUAUUCAGUCAGCAAACACAUAACUGCCACACAGCAACAACUUGUGCUAAGAAAUGUGUUGGACAUCCCGUUUCUCAGUUAAACCUCCUUUUUCCUUCUUCUGUCCAUAAUCACCUAGUGUUGCUUUCAAGGUAUCCAAACUCAGAACUUAAUAUUUCUCAUUUAUUUAUUCAAGGCACUGUAACAACAUUUCUGUAUUUUUCUUCAGGUUAAUCAGGUUAAUGAAGAAAGUUGUGUGUGUCGUCGAGUAAGCUUACACUUAAAUGGAUUGAUCACAGUGAAAAUAAAGGUUCUAUAGUAAAUAUUUUAUAUAAAUCUUUAAAAUGACAGGUGUGCAGAUGGCCUAGCGGUUAGGUCACGCCCAAUGUAAGGAGCCCGGGUUCAAGUCCAUUCCUGUGGCUCCUUUCCCGCAUUUCAUUUCCCAGUCUUUCUCCCUGCUUCCCUACUCUAUCCACCUUCCUAUCUAAGAAAGGCAAAAAGCCCCGAAAUAAAUCCAAAUAAUAAAUGACAGUUUGAAGUUUGUGGCUCAUAGUGAUCAGCCCUUCAGGGAGUUAUCACCUAAAAUCACCUUCUGCUUCUUUACGCUCAUUAUUUUUGAGCUGUCCGUCCCAGAACUUAAACUGUUUUCUUUCACUCUUAACGCUCACAUACUGUAGAUGUGUUUGGGGGACAGCAAGUUCAACAAAUAAUCUAUACAUCACCUACUCAGGACCAAACAGUUUACAGUCACAGUUAGCAGCAAAGUGAGCGAUUCAUUUUAGGGCAGCAGCUAAAGCUAUAUCACUCUCAGAAGGUGGUAGGGACCAAAAACCGAGAGACUGAAUAUUAGGAUAACGUUUUCCACGUAGCCAGCAACAUAUCUGUUGCUCUAAAAAGAAAAAAGCUGGAUGUAGCCAAACCUUCUGUUAAUACAACUUAAAAUGUUGCUGUAUGAUUGUUUCUUAGUUGACCUCCUGCUUCCACAUUAAAAAGCUGGGCAGGAGUUUUCUAUCUAAAGAGAAUUGUUUUUCCUACCACUCUGAAGGAUUUUCUUUUUAUGGGCACCAGCAUUUUUUAAAUAUAUAUUUUCUACGGGCUGGCACCUUCAGGUAGCUUAUCCUAAGCCUUGUUUAAAAAUCCAGGACUUAAGGUUACCUCACAGGGUUUCUUUAAAUAGAUUUCAACUACAGUGUAACUUGAAUGUCAAAAUUGUAACUUGUAGUCAAGCUGCUGCUUUAGCUCAUGGUCAAUUCAUCACCGUCAAACUCAUACUUUAUGCAACAACAGGGAUGUUAAGCACAUGCACAAUGACACAAUGCAUCUUUGUAAUUUGCAAUUACAGCUCCUUUUUUGUUCGAGAGAAACAUUUUCUGAGGGUAGAUUGUGAGCUCAAACAGAGAUUUCAAGUUAAAGAUUGUUAAUUUAGCCGGCUUUGUGUGGAUCUAGUCUCAGACUAUGAAGAUGAUGCUGACUGUUGAUUUAAAAUCCACCUACUGUUUGUAGUUUAACUCAUUUGUACGUGUAUUUCUGUACUUUUGUUGUAGUCCUUUGCAUUGAAUCUUUUAUUACUUUUUCUAUAAUUUCCUAAUCGACACACAUGAAUCUGUGGGAUGCAAAAACUCAACGGGGUUUUGUUUCCUCUCACAUUCCUGUCGACUUGCACACUGAUGAAGCACAGACCCACAGUCCAUGGAGCCAGUGGAAUUUAACUGGUGAUUUUCAAUUCCAGUCAUUGUUUCCAUUAUGUCCUGCUGCCACCUGGGACUCCUGUUGUAUAACACACACAUGUGCACACUCCCCUGGUAGGGUCAAUCGUCAAAGAAUCGUCGAAUGUAGGGGCAAAUGUUUCCAAGUGUUGGUUUUUGAAGGGGCACGUUGUGGUUUUUUGUGUCUUUGAGCAUUUUUGUCCCAAGUUUCUGCCCAUAGAAAAUACUUUAGUUGAAACAUUUUCCGACAGCUGGGAGAAAUACUGCCUGCAGAUGGGAAGAGUUUAAAAGUUUUCACAUUACCUCACUUUUAGCAGAUAGUACCAGUUCGACAUGUUUCCCUACCGUUUCAGCGUGACUGAAAUGUAUGGUAGCAUUACAGAAGCACUCAUGAAUGUACAUUUGAAUAUCUUAUAAGUGCUUGGAUUACUUUUGUUGUGGAUAUGAAGGAGGGCAGGAGGAUGAUUGUUAUUUUUGCCAGCACAUUAAAGACACCUUGCUUUUCAGUCAGCGUAAUCUGCCCCUUUAAGCCUCCUGUAUGAUACAGUAACUGAGGCAGCACAAAACAUCACAAAAUUACUUCAAAUCAUUAUCUGUUGCCCUCAUCAUCUCUCUUCCUCAUUUCUGUAGCGCCACCCUUUCAUGUCCGUCAUUCAGACUCCUUCUCACUUUUCCACACAAACACAACAAACACUCUGUCUGCAUCUGACUGUUUGGUCGGCAUAGCUACAAAAUAAAGCACAGCACAUCUGUUUAAAGUGCAGGGUCACUUAUUCAGUGUUUAUGCAGAGAUGGAUUAAGGCCUUUCUUAUAUAUACAGUGUGAUUUAAAGAUGAUGUGACUAAGCUUCAAGUGGAUUUAUAAGAUUUGUUUCUUUCUCUUUGUGUUUCAUUGACAACUGUCUUGAAAGACAAAUUAGAGUUCAAUGAAAUGUAAGACUCAGUUUUUUUGUUAAUACCAUGGAAACGAGUUUACUUCUGAAGUGACACAGGGUUGUUGUCCCUUAUAGUACAGGUAUCUCUUCAUAACAUGCUUUAUUUUUUUGGUACUUUCAACAAGUUUCCUGACAAAGAAAAACAAUUUUAUUUUUUGCUAUUUGAGUGAAAAACAUAAAAAAUAAUGUAUUUGAGACUAUAUUUACUAUAUUUGGUUUUUAUAUAUUAAUUGUAAUUGCAAAGGAAGCCAGAAAAACCACUGAAACAACAUGUACUAUAAGGUUCAUAUACACCUUACUAAAAAUGCAAAAAAAAAACAAUAAAUAAUGUCACUGUUUAAUACAUGGUAGUUUGCUAUAAUCCAGGUCAGUUGUAUAAUUGUUAUGUGCAUUUGAAAUGUUAGUCUCGGAAUCGAAAGCACUCGGUCUUGUCUCUGUCUCAGACUGGGUGAUCUCCAGAUUUUAAAUCCAGACCGGUCAAGACCACCACUGACAGGCUAUCUUUCCACGUCAUUACUGUGAUUAGAAGGAAAGUGCCCCUUUCUAAAAGGGGAAGGGGAAGAAAGAAUAACUUUUAUUUGUAGUUCGAUUCCCCGGUUACAUCUGCAACCUUCCUGGUGUUACAGUCUAAGUGAGUGACAAGCCCCCCGCACACAAGAUGAUUUUUCAUUGAUAUUUAUGGUCUUGGUCUUGACCUGGUCUCGAUCCCUAAAUGUCUUGGUCUUGUCUCGGUCUCGGAGCACUCUGGUCUCGGGUAUGUCUUGGUCUCAGUUAGUGUGCUCUUUACUACAACACUUGCCCAUCAUAUUUUUACAACAACUUAAUCUAGUGACCAUCAACUAUUUCAUUUUGUUCUCUUAUCUUGUGUGUUUUCUCCUGUUUGUUUAAACUUUCCUAUUCUGCACUUUAACCCUCCAGUGAACGGGGAGCGGCUUUAAUGAACGACUUGAGAGUCAAUCUGUAUGUACAGCUUUUGAGAAAGAGGGCUACAGUAUUGAACUUGGCACAUGACUCAGCUGAUGUUUAUUUUAUAAUGUUGUGAUCUUUUGUCUGUUCGUAUGUGUAUGUGUGGGUUUAGAGGGGGGUAUCAAUAUAUUGUACACUAUAUCCAGCAGAUAUAAAAGCAUUGCUAUUUUGUAAUAUAAAAGAAUUAUGUGAAUAA